GUACAAUACUUAUUAUUGAUAAGUAUGUCACGUUGUAUAGUUAAUUAUAUUAUUCGAGUGUUAAAAGUCUUAACCUAACGACCAAAUCGAUUCAUUGAUCUGUUUCAAUAAUCUUAUACAGUUAUGUAUAUUGUAUACCGCAAAAACUAUGAAAUUAUCUUAUUUAACAUCUUGACCACCGUCCAUUUCGUGAACUAGUGUUUUGUUGCUUAGUGAUUUCCAAUCGGAUUGUUGUUACAAGAUAAAAAUGGUUAAAUGGUGAUAGUCGUGGGUAUAGGUGUUCACGUGAAUGAGAGCGGUACGGCGUGUGAAGAUAAGACGAUCCAGAAAUCAAAUAGCGCAGUAUAAUAUAGUAUAUUAUUAUAUUACAUUGUGUUAUGAUAUAAAAUUCAAUAUUACCAUCGUGUGGCUGCUCUGACAACGGUGUGCGUUGCACGGCGGCCGGCUGAGGACCAUCAUCUUGGGGUUUAUCUUAAUUCAAAUCCAAACAAACAGCGCUCGUGUACCUGUGCGUACACCAGCACCGAAGAAUAGACUGGAAAAUAUAAUAUUCCUUUGAGAACACUAUGUACACCAGCGUGGCUAGACAGACGGUCAACGGUUUGCCGGAGACCGGCAGCAAAGUGAUAGACCUGAGAAGCGACACGGUGACCAGACCGGACUCGAAAAUGCGGCAAGCCAUGUUCGAUGCCGAAGUGGGCGACGACGGUUACGGCGAAGACCCCACGAUCAACCGUUUGGAGAAAAUGUCAGCGGAAUUGCUCGGCAAAGAAGCCGGUCUGUUCUUACCGAGUGGCUUGAUGGGAAAUCUGAUUUCAAUGAUUGUCCAUUCGAAAAAUCGCGGAUCCGAAGUGAUCGUGGGCAGCAGGAGUCACAUCCUGUUGUACGAACAGGGCGGAGCGUCGCAGAUCGGCAGCCUGCAACUUCGCGAAGUCCAGAACUUACCGGACGGCACGUUCGACCUGUCCUAUCUCCAGGAGAAACUCAGGCCACAGGGUCCGGAUCCACACGAACCGUACACUUCUUUGGUGUGCGUAGAGAACACUCAUAACUUUUGCGGCGGCACCGUUUUGCCUCUGGAAUGGCUGGACCAAUUGGCCGAUUUGCUGAAGAAAAAUGAUAUUCCACUGCACAUGGACGGCGCCAGAGUAUUCAACGCCUCCGUCAACCUUGGAGUGCCGGUCAGCCGGGUUGUGCGCCAUUGCGAUUCGGUUACUUUUUGCCUAAGUAAAGGGUUGGGAGCGCCCAUAGGGGCAGUGUUGGUCGGCAGUCAGUCUUUCAUCGUCCAGGCGAGGAGGACUAGGAAAGUUCUUGGCGGUUCCAUGAGACAGGCGGGGAUCGUGGCAGCUGCCGGGGUGUAUGCUUUGGAAAACUGCGUGGAAAGACUGGCCGAGGACCAUAUGAACGCCAAGAAAGUGGCAGAGGCAAUCCAACAAGUCGGCAACCUUAAUUUUACUUGCGAUUUGGACAGUCUGCACACCAAUAUACUCUUGGUGAACAUAAACACUUCCAACGUUAGCAUACCGGACUUUGUCGAGCGACUCCUGAAAGUGGACCACGAAGAGACUGUUGACAACAAUCUGAACAGGACCGAAACGACCAUCGUGAAACUGUCGGCUCUGAACAAGAGCAGCGUUCGGAUAGUGUUGCACAAAGACGUGACCGGGCCAAAUGUCGACUUGGCCAUUGAAAAGAUCAAACGCGUUAUCGGAUCGUUCACCAGCUAAGCGUGCAACACGUGGUCGGAUACUGUAAUAGGUAUUAUAGAAAAUAGGUACCGUGAUAGCAUAACAAACUAAAUUACAGGUCCACGUGUUUAAUGAAUUUUGUUAACAAUUUUUUUUUUUCUUUUUUUAUAUGUUUGUUAAAUAUAUUAUAUUAUAAUUAAUCGAUAAAUUCAAUCAACUGUGUGCCCGUCGACACCACCGCGACCUUUGGAGCACACUUAAACCUUUUAAAAUAAUAAAAAAAAAAUUUACUCUGAAAUACCGUUUAUGCGUUAACACGUCAAGUCCUGUGGUUCAGCUAUUGUUUACUCUUUGUUGAAACUAUGUAAAAAAAAAAAACAAUCAUUCGGCUGAUACGAUAUUAAAUCCGGAAUGUUAUCAUCUUUUUAUUAUCGAU